GGAGACGUAAGAGGGACAGCGCUCAGACCAGACAGACAAACAGACACAUAGACUUUGGGCCCCAUGGGGGGGGGGCCAAAACUGGGGGCAUAGCCAUCAGAAUCCCCUCCCCACCCCCUUUUCCAGCCUCCUUCCUAGGCUCCUUUAAGACAGGGUUUGUCCUCAACUCCAGGAGUUAACCCUUGGCUGUCCAGGUGGCCCCUUAGGCUCCAGCCUGAUGGGCGGAGACAAAGUGGGGGGGCCUAUGGGGGGGAGGGUUGCCCUGAAGUCUAGGGAGGAAGAGAAGGAGGCAGCAGUGGAGCCAGCACUGGGAAGGGAAGGAGACAGUUAGUGGAUCACGCUUGGGGGAAGGUGGUUGCUGAAGAAGCAGAGCCAAGGCAAGGGGCUCCUGCUGUGCCAAGCGUGGGCAGUGCCAAGUCCCCGGGGAGCCCGGAGCUUGGGGGGGGAGGGCCAGGAACAGCCUGGCCCUGCCCCCUCCCCCCUCGGGAGGCGGCCAGCAAGUUUGGAAGAAAAAGUUUGGCUUCGAUCUCCUGUGCUGAUGGCCCGAAGGAUGGGCAGAAUCCCGUUAGCCUGGUGUUUGGCGUUGUCCUGCUGGGCAGGUGCAUGGGCUGACACUGAGGACCCAUUUAUGCAAAGUCCGGAGAACAUCACCGGGGCCCGAGGAAUCAUGGGGACCCUGCGGUGUGAGCUCCGCAUUCACGGCGAGCCCCCAGAAGUGGACUGGCUGCGGGAUGGACAGACCCUCCAGAUGGCAGACAGCACCCAGAUUCAGUUACCCCUGGGUGAAGACUGGGAGGACGACUGGAAAGUGGUCAGCCAGCUCAGAAUCUUCUCCCUCAAGCCUGCAGACACGGGACGAUACCAAUGUUUGGUGACUCUUGGAGGACAGACUUUCAUGUCCCAGCCUGGCUACGUAGGGCUGGAAGGCCUGCCUUACUUCCUGAAGGAGCCUGAAGACAAGGCCGUAGCUGCCAAUGUCCCCUUCAACCUAAGCUGCCAGGCCCAGGGUCCCCCAGAACCUGUGAACCUACUCUGGCUCCAAGAUGCUGUCCCUCUGAUCCCCACCACAGGCCAUGACCCCCAGCACAGUUUGUAUGUUCCAGGUCUGAACAAGACAUCCUCCUUCUCCUGUGAAGCCCACAAUGCCAAGGGGAUCACCACAUCCCGCACGGCCACCAUCACAGUACUUCCUCAGCGGCCCCAAGACCUUCACGUGGUUUCCAGCCAGCCCACGGAGAUGGAGGUGGCUUGGACUCCAGGCCUCAGUGGUAUCUACCCCCUCACCCACUGCACCCUACAGGCAGUGCUCUCUGAUGAUGUGGCAGGCGACCAACUGGGAGCACCAGAGCCUCCGGAGGAGCCCCUCACCUUGCAGGCAUCCGUGCCCCCCUACCAGCUGCAGCUGGGCAAGCUCCACCCCCACUCCCUUUACCACAUCCGGGUGUCUUGUGCCAGCAGCCAGGGGUCCUCGCCCUGGACCCAUUGGCACCCAGUGGAGACACCAGAAGGAGUGCCCCUGGGCCCCCCUGAGAACGUGAGUGCCAUGCGGAAUGGAAGCCAGGCCCUCGUGCGUUGGCAGGAGCCCACAGUGCCCUUGCAGGGUACCUUGUUAGGGUACCGGCUGGCCUAUCGCAGCCAGGACACCCCUGAGGUGCUAAUGGACGUGGGACUAAAGAGAGAAAUGACCCUUGAACUGAGGGGGGAUGGGCCUGUGACCAACCUGACCGUGUCAGUGGCAGCCUACACGGCUGCUGGGGACGGGCCCUGGAGCCUCCCAGUGCCCCUGGAGCCCUGGCGCCCAGGACAAGGACUGCCAAUCCAUCACUUGGUGAGCGAGCCCCCAGCUCCUGCCUUCUCCUGGCCCUGGUGGUAUGCACUGCUGGGGGCCAUCGUGGCUGCCGUCUGCGUCCUCAUCCUGGCCAUGUUUCUCGUUCACCGGCGAAAGAAAGAGACCCGCUACGGUGAAGUGUUCGAGCCCACAGUGGAGAGAGGUGAGCUGGUAGUCAGGUACCGUGUGCGCAAGUCCUACAGCCGGCGGACCAACGAAGCCAUCUUGAACAGCCUGGGGAUCAGCGAAGAGUUGAAGGAGAAGCUGCGGGAUGUCAUGGUGGACCGCCAUAAGGUGGCUCUGGGGAAGACCCUGGGAGAAGGAGAGUUUGGAGCUGUGAUGGAGGGCCAGCUCAACCAGGAUGACUCUGUCCUCAAGGUGGCCGUGAAGACCAUGAAAAUUGCCAUUUGCACCCGGUCAGAGCUGGAGGAUUUUCUGAGUGAAGCUGUGUGCAUGAAGGAAUUCGACCACCCCAACGUCAUGAGGCUCAUCGGGGUCUGUUUCCAGGGUUCAGAACGAGAGGGCUUUCCGGAACCCGUGGUCAUCUUACCUUUUAUGAAACAUGGAGAUUUGCACAGCUUUCUCCUUUAUUCCCGGCUUGGGGACCAGCCUGUGUUUUUGCCCACUCAAAUGUUGGUGAAAUUCAUGGCAGACAUCGCCAGUGGCAUGGAAUACCUGAGUACCAAGAGAUUCAUACACCGAGACCUUGCUGCCAGGAACUGUAUGCUGAACGAGAACAUGUCUGUGUGUGUGGCAGACUUCGGGCUCUCAAAGAAGAUCUACAACGGAGAUUACUAUCGCCAGGGACGCAUUGCCAAAAUGCCAGUCAAAUGGAUCGCCAUCGAGAGUCUGGCGGACCGUGUCUACACCAGCAAGAGUGACGUGUGGUCCUUUGGGGUGACUAUGUGGGAGAUCGCCACACGAGGCCAAACCCCAUAUCCGGGAGUGGAGAACAGCGAGAUUUAUGACUACCUGCGCCAGGGGAACCGCCUGAAGCAGCCUGUGGACUGCCUGGAUGGCCUGUAUGCCUUGAUGUUUCGGUGCUGGGAAUUGAACCCCAGAGAGAGACCAAGCUUUACGGAGCUGCGGGAAGACUUGGAGAACACACUGAAGGCGCUGCCCCCGGCCCAGGAACCUGACGAAAUCCUCUACGUCAAUAUGGAUGAGGGUGGGGGUCACACAGAACCCCUUGGAGCUGCCGGAGGAGCAGAGCCCCCAGCCCAGCCUGACCCUAAGGAUUCCUGCAGCUGCCUCACUGCGGCGGAGGUCCAUCCUGCGGGACGCUAUGUCCUCUGCCCUUCGACAAGCCCCGGACCCUCGCUGCCUGCUGACAGGAGGGCCCCGGCACCCCCAGGGCAGGAAGAUGGCGCCUGAAAACAACCCUCUACCAGGGGGACUCCCUCUCAGGACCCAAGCUAGGCACUGCCACGGGAGGUGGGGGGGGAAUGUCUCCCCCCCCUUACCCCCCAUUUUGCCACCCCAGGUCUGGUCUCCUCCAUCCCAGAUAGAUGCUUCGCCUUUGCUGCGCCUUUUCAUCCCCCUCCCUGUAAGGAAGUGGGGUUGGACCACAACCUCUUGAAGGGUUCUUCCCCAGGUCUCACAUUCUAGAAGAUUCCAGAAACUAAGGUGUCAGGAGUCUAGGGGUUGGUUCUCUCCUAAGGACUUGAAAUUCUGAAGUCUCUGAUUCUAAAAGUGUUAAAGAUUCUAGAUGGAGAUUCUAAGGCCUGCUGGUCCAAAGGCUCUGAGAUUUGGUGGCUGUAGAUUUUUCUGGGUAUAAAAAUCUUGACAAAGCCCCAAGAUCCCCGGUUCUAAAGUCCCAUGAUUCUUCUAGGACCUAAGGCUUGAUUGUUCUUGAUUUUCUAGAGUUCUGAAUCCUGGAGUGCAUUAGGAUUCUAGAUUCUAUGAUCCUAAAGAUUUUACCGUUAUAAACAUGGAGAUUCUAAGGCCAAUUAUUUAAAAUGUUUGAUGGUUUAACGCUCUGAGUUGAGAUCUCC